UGCAAGGUUCUGAAGUAUCUUAGCUUGGUUACAAACGAAAAUUACCUUGGGGAGUUGCAUGGGCACACAUCUACAUCUGAAUUACUAUGUACAUGCAUUUUCCAGCAAUGCAACAGACAGCGGAUCUGCAUAUAUACAUGAGCCCACAAAAGACAAAAGUAUGUAAUGCCUGGCUGUAUAUCGGCGUUCAGCAGAGCCCACAAAAACCACGUCGCUGGCUGUCGAUGGUGGUCAAUCGCAUUCCACAGAUCUCGUGGUCUGCGAUUGGGCAGUAGUACAUGUGCGAUUGUGUGAGUGCAGCUGUCCUACAAACUCGAUUAAAAGUUCAUAAAGCCUUUCUCUACUCCGGCUGCUGUCACUUUAUACCUUUUCUCACACCUUCUAUUAGACAAUAAUGAACAGCUUCUUUGGAGGAGGACCCGUGGGUGCAGGCAAGCAGCCGGCCAGCGCGGCCAGAAGCAAUUCGUCGGCGCCGAGCAGCAAGCAGGCGAAUUCAAGCGGGUGGGGCAACAUGUUCAAAAACGCAAUCAACCAAAUGGAGACACAGCUAGACAAGUACCUUGAAAUUCCAGCCAGCGAAGCCGGGCAGAUACGGCCGGUUGCUGGGCGCGGGCGCGGGGCACGCGGCGGGUACGUAGGCAGUCGACAGACGCACGCAGGAAGACAGGUUGAGCGCAAGAACGCAACCGGUGCUAGCCCACUUGACUCGCCCCGGCCACAAUCCCGUAUGAGCAAUGCAAGCGGCGGCGGUUCAAGGAGCGCGACACCGAGGCCAGUUAACGCGAGCGAGCAGAAGAACUCGGCGGUAGAGCCUGCUGUUGCGGCAAAGCAGAGUAAAAGUGAGCCACAGCCAGGUGCGGAGGAGCUGGACGCAGAUCUCUUUGACGCGUUUGGGAUUGCAGCGGACGACGGGCAACAAACAAAUGGCAAGUCAGUGGAUAGGGAUGUGGGUGGUAAUGAGUUUGAGCGAAAGGCCACAGGCACACAGGAACCACAAGCUGUUGAGGAGUCGACGGUAGCCAGCCCACGAACCAGCUCGGAUCGGCAUGAGCACGCACCGGCCACUGCUACCAGUAGCCAGAAUGGGUCGCAAGUACCAGACGCGUCUGAGCCGGCUUCAACACAUGACAGCGAUGUAGCAUCAAAUGCCGAUCUUGCUGAUGCUCCUGCAGAUUCCAAGGUCGAGAACCCGUAUAUCCAGGCAGAGCUGAAGCGGCUACGCACAGCGCCGAUUCCGGACCAGCCCGCCGAGAUGCGAGUACUGAUCGAGGAGCGCAAUAAGAAGGUCGAGGCAUUGCUGCUCGAGGGUCAGUCAUGGUCGGCCAAAGAGCUGCGUCUAUCAAACACGAUCAAGAAGCUGCGGGCCGACGCCAAGCAGCACGACAAGGCCACAGGGCUACUGCAAAAGAAGAUUGAUGCAGCAAAUGCCAAAAGCGAAGAACUGAACGGGAAGCUGAAGAAGGCGUCGCAGGUUGACCGCACGACGGUCGACAAUAUCAAAUCUCUAAACACAAAGAUCUAUGAGCUUGGCACGCAGCGCAAGACAAUGGAGCGUGAACUGAAGAGCGUCAUGGAUGAGCGGAAGGUGCUGGCAGGCAAACUCGAAAAGGCUGAGGCCGAGAUUGCUAGGCUGCGGAAAGAGGUCGAUAGCGCCAGAGGAUCGCAGGAAGAAGAUAAGAAGGGCCGUGAGGAGUCGGUUCGGCGGCAGGUCGAGCAGCAGGCAGCCAAGAUCAGAACCGAUGCCGAAUCCACGCAGCACCGGUUGCAAAUGCAGGUCGAGGAGCUGCAGCAGCGGCUGCUGGUGGUUGAAGAGGACGCGCGCGACCGUGAAGUGUCGUCGCUGGCACAGAUCCGCACCCUGCAGGCACAGCUGCGCGGAGCCGAAUCCAAGAGCAGCGACGAGACAGCCAGCAUCCAGGAGCACACCCUGCCGCUGCUGCAGCAAAUCGAGGACCUGCAGAUGCGGCAGACCGAGCAGCGUCACCAGUGGGCGGCCAAGGAGCGCGAGUGGGCAGCGCAGACGCGUGCAGCUGCCCGAUCGGCCGAUAAGCUUCAGGCGCAGAUCGAUGCGAAGGCGGUUGAGGCCGAUGAGAUAAGGCAGUCGCUUGACCAAGAGACGAGGCUGUGUGCAGAGGUGCGUGCCGAGGCCGAUCAGCUCAAAAUCCAGCUGCAGACUGAGGCGAAGAUCCGCGCGGAUAUUAGGCAGCAGCUCGACAGCCUUCACGAGACGAACCGGCAGCUCAGCGCCAAGCUCGAGAGCGCAAACGAGUCGUAUAGCGCGCGGCUCGCAGCCCUGCGUGUCCACAGCAUGUCGCCGGUGGGCUUGUCGCCAGCGGGCGGCAUGGUUGCUGCUGAUGAUGGAGAGCCCGUGACUCCAGUGCCAGCGCUGCCUCGCGAGUUCAUGUCGGCUGCAGCUCCCACGGGCAGCGGGUACUCGUCAGCCGCCAAUGACCGGUUCAGCCACACGCGCAACCUGUCCAACAGCUCAGUCUCGUCGACCAACAGCCGCACGCGGCGUGGCAGUGGCACCGAGGCCAUGUCGCCACUGCAGCAGCCGCACAGCCAGCACGCCGACCUGGCUGCCCAUGCAGCAACCAAGAAGCUUGGGGCACAGGUCACGUCGCUGAAGGCCCAGCUGCAGACGGCGCUGCGCCAGAAGCACGAGUACUCGCAGGACCUGGUCACCGCCACCAUGGAGCUGGAGGGCAUACGCAAGGACGCCGAGCAGCAGGGCUCGCUGGCCAAGGAGCUGGCUGAGCUCAAGCGGCGCCACGAGACGGCGCUGGAGAUGCUGGGCGAGAAGACCGAGGAGGUCAUGGAGCUGCAGGCGGACAUCAAGGAGAUCAAAAGGGCCUUCCGCGAGCAGAUCCAGGAGCUCUCUGGCGCCAGCAGGUAGAGCGGCUCCGCGCAACCACGGGUCAGCUGUCGGUGGCGCCUAUGGCCGGCUGCACUGGAAACCGCCAGAGUGUCCAAAUGCGAUUGGUC